GAUUUAUGCGUGUCUCUAUUUAUAGGGCUCUUUGUAGUGAGGCCGAAUUCGACCUGUCCCUGUAAUAAUAUCUGUCCAAACAGAGGGACAGUUUCGCCCCAUAACCUGUCCCCCACCCCCACCGAAGUCCUCUUUCAAGGGUCUUUUUAUAGGGCCAGGAGCCAAGGACGCCCCUGGUCUCAGGCCGGUCUCAGACCUGGGGUCAGCUCCUGAGGGGCAGCGGUGAAAGAGCCGACCUAUGGGGACCUCCCAUGAACCAUACGGGGGGGGUUGACAAGGCAGGACAUGAGGGUCCAACUGGCCACCGGUAUUAGCAGGGGGUCCACGCCAUCGUCACGGUGAUGGUUUCCACCCUGGUGUGUUUACUGUCAGAGGUCAGGCUCAACCCUCCAAAGUUAACAAAGGCUGACAUUGUCGGGGUCUGUAUAUUAGACAGAUGACCUGUACACCUACUGAAAGACCCAGAGUGUGUAGAAGAGCUUUUAUGGGAUAAGACAUUUUUUGUGUGGACUUGUUUUUUAACUUUGAAUCAUCAGUGUCUCACAUCUGGCCCGGCUUCAGAUGUCAAAUACACUCUACAUCAGUGGUGUCCCAACUUUUUUUUGCUAAAUGUAGCCACAGAGCUGUCUCAGAUGAACUCAAGUACCCCCAAGUAACAUUUAAAUGCUAUUAAAUCGUCACUUUGUUCUGUUUUAGAACUUCAGCCAUCACUCAUUACUAUACUCCCCUGCUAGCUAGACAGCUUUUACUACUUUUGGUGCUUGCGCUGUUGACGGUUGGUUUUCCUGCUUUCGCUAAUUCUCAAUCCAAUCUUUUCACAGACUUUUUAAGUGCUAAUGAACAAGAUUGUGAGAAGGCCGGUCGGGUUAAUCAUUACAUCUCAGAUGUUUAAUAGCCCUUUGUAUUGUGCUCUCAUAUAUCAUUACAAUGUUGUUAUUGUUCUAUAGGCAUGCACGCUGCCUAUUGAUGUAAUUAAAUUACAGGUAUGUGGGAGUCUCACCUUUUGAGCCGGAAUUACUGUUGUGUUUUGUGCAGGAUGUAAGCAUACAGAGUUUAAUGCCUGUCUGUCUGAUUUGUCUAUUCUGGCUAUAUUUUUUUUUUUUUACUUUUUGUGUUAUCUGCUGCACUGUCAGAGCUGCAGAGACGAGUAUUUUAUUGCUUAAAUUAUACAAUAACACGCCUAAGGGAAUUUAUCCAUGGUGAACAGAUGUUUUAAUCUGGAGCAUGCAUGGUCGAUGUGCCUUCACGGCCACUAGUAGGAGCUGUGGAGUGAUGAACGGCGCUGAAAUGUGCCAUUUCCACACGUGUUAUGUGAACGACAUCGGCGGAUUGGGACCUUUUUUAUUUCAAAUGCAUGGGUUUAACAUUAAGCCAGUCGUUGAGUUCUGCAGGAGGGACAUCUCUAUUACCUUUGGAGUGGAGUUUUUAAAAAGGGAUUAAAAGCAUAGUUGUAUUAUUCUCCUGAGCUAUUGUCUUACGUGGCCAAUAAAUCAUACGAGGAUAUGGACGUGCCAUUUGAUGCAAGCCAGUGCAUUCUUUGUGCUUCGGCCGGGUCUCCAGCGGGUUUAUCUCGAGAAACCAUGCGGGUCUUAAAAAGAAAGGAUCCCUGCGUCUUUAAAGUUUAUGUAGCAACAGAGCUUUGUAGCGAUAAUGCUAUUGGGGCGGCGGAUCAGUUACUUCUGCCGCUCCGAAGCCUCGGGGAGUUGGCUCAAGAUUACUUGUCUUUGAUAAGGUCCUCGCUGUGCAGAUGCAACUUCGUGAUCUAGCCACAAAAAAAACUCGCUGUUGGGGACGGGGGUAAAACCUUUAAAUUAUGUUUCACCCGGAGCGAACGCAACUAAUAUGCGCAGCUCGCGACAAUUGUUUUGGUGCUUUUCGGAGGCGUCGCGGGGCAAUUGUUUGUUAUGCAGCUGCCGGGACCUCGGCAGUCGGCUCCUCGCUUUGAAGUGCGCCGCUCCAGCCUGUCGGCUCAGUCGGUGUCGGAGUCGCCUACAAGGAGAGACCUCAACGCGGGGCAUGGCAGCCUGAAGCCAGGGGGAGGAGAAAAAGGAGGCGGCACAGAAAAGCGGCAUUUUUUUUCUUCUUCUUCCCUCCCACCCUCUCCCUCCUCUAGAGUGCUUUUUUUUCUCCUUCUCCCCACCAUAAGCCAACUCGAACCUGGACUGUACGUGGACGCGUCGCGGAGACGAAUACUGUGGAUUACACGCGUUUUUAAAAAAAGAAAAGAAAAAACCUUUUGUGGAUAAAAAUAUAUCAAAGGAAACCCAAGAAGUGGAGUUUAAUUUGAGGGUUGAACUCGUGGAUCGAUGAGAGGAGACGGGCGGCCGGAGAGAAGCUCCCCCCGCUGACUGCAGAGAGUGAGAGGCGAUUACAGCCGAGGCGAACCGAUCACUGCGCUGACUCCUGAGCCAUGAGCCGGGCGCUUAUGGACCACAUCUCCGCUAGUUUCCGAGAAGAUGCUCCUCGACCCCCGGUGCCGGGGGAGGAGGGCGAGGCCCCCCGCCACGCCGGCAAACCGGCGAUGACGAAGCCCCCGCAAAACGCCGUGGUGCUCGGCUCCUCGGCGCGGAGGAACCAGGACGGUCUCGGGGAGCCGGAGGGCAGCGCGUCCCCGGACUCCCCGCUCUCCCGCUGGACCAAGUCCCUGCACUCUCUGCUCGGCGACCAGGACGGCGCGCUCCUCUUCAGGACGUUCCUGGAGCGCGAGAAGUGCGUCGACGCGUUGGACUUUUGGUUCGCCUGCAACGGCUUCCGGCAGAUGGACCUGAGGGAAAGCAAGACGCAGCGGGUCGCCAAGGCCAUCUACAAGCGCUACAUCGAGAGCGACGGCGUGGUGGCCCAGCAGCUCAAGCCCGCCACCAAGACCUUCAUCCGGGAUAAUAUCAAGAAGCAGCACGUGGACUCCGCGAUGUUCGACCAGGCGCAGACGGAGAUCCAAGCCGACAUGGAGGAGAACGCGUACCAGAUGUUUCUGACGUCCGACGUGUACCUCGAGUACGCCAGGACCGGGGGAGAAACCCCCAACCACGUCACCGCCGGCGGCUUGGGCGAGCUGACAGUGGGAUGUGGAUACAUGCCCACGCUCAUCGAGGAGGAGGUGUGGAGUUGUGAUUUCCGAGUCAAAGCGCUGCCGGGCUUGUCUGGGAACGCGCAGGCGGUCACCGCGUCCACGAGGGCGGUGGAGGUGAUGGAGAAGGGACACAGAUCGUACAAGAGAGGAGACCACGUGGGCUUGUUCGCUCCGGCCAGCAGCACCAACGACAGCGAGGUCUCCAGCGACGCCUUGACCGACGACGCCAUGUCUGUGACCGACAGCAGUGUAGAUGGCAUCCCUCCCUAUAAACUGGGCUCCAAGAAGCAGCUACACAGAGAUAUGCAGCGCAACAUGAGGAUGAACAGUCAAGUCUCUUUGCCUGCUUUUCCUCGCACUCUCUGGCCUCCCAAGGAGAUGGUCCCGAUGAAGCCGUCGGAGUUCGCCGCCCAGCUCAUAUCCCGCCUAGAGAGCCUGAAGAGGAAGCAGGACACCAUCAACUCCCUGGAGGAGAUCCAGGAGGAGGAGGAAAGAGACAACGCAGAGACGCAGCUCUCGCCCCACCCCUUCGCCCUCCUCCCCGAGUCCUCUGACGAGGACCCGCAGGCCAUUCUGGACGAGCACCUGUCUCGCGUAUUGAAGACCCCCGGUUGCCAGUCGCCCGCCGUCAUCCGACGCUCGCUGUGCUCCGGGUCCCCGGAGUGUCGGCCCGUCGCGCGGGCCAGCUUCGGGACCAAGGCCCCGGCCAGGACGGGUCCCUGCACCCCGUGCGUGUCCAGUCCCGACCAAGGGGCCAACAGUCCGACGCCGGGUCCCGGCAGGACCUUUGUGAGCCGGCAGAGCACAAAGCACAUCCACCACCACUACAUCCACCAUCACGGCGGGCCCAAGACUCAGGAGCAGAUCGAGAGGGAGGCGGCCCUCAGAGUGCACAGCCUUUGCGGCGUCUCCGGCGGCGAUUGGCAGCCUCACCAGCGCAGCCGCAGCCUGGGCCGGGACAUGUGUGGGGCCGCCUCUACGGACGGCAGCGCGGGGCGCUCCAGCUCUCUGUCCAGGCGCGCGUGUCGUUCGGGGGUCGAGGACUCGGUGGCGGAGAGGUGCGCGGAGGACUGCGGGCCCCUGCAGCUGCCCAGCGACACAACGGACCCCGCCCAGAACGUGCUGCAGUGGAUCCUGGAGAGCAAGCGGCAGAGCAGGCACAAGUCUCACAGCGUCCAGAGCGUCAAAAAGACCUUUGGGGGUUCCUCGGAGCAGACUCACACGUGGGGCGGGGGCGGAAGCUGCGGCCACCUGCGUAGCCACAAGCCAGCCCAGCCAUUCAUCCAGGACCCCACCAUGCCGCCCCUGCCCCCCCCCAACACUUUGGCCCAGCUGGAGGAGGCCUGCCGCAGGCUGGGGGAGGUCUCCACCAAGACCACCAAGCAAAGGCAUCCCAUGUCUGGUCUCCAGCAAGAGAAGAGCCACAUAGUGCCUGUCCAGGCCGAGGGGUCUGCCCCUCCGUCUCUAGCCAAUCCCGUACCCGUCGGCCUCCAUCCGACCAGCCCCGGCGUCCAAUCAGAAGAGGCGAAGGAGGCAAAAAAGGGUUUAGGAGGCGAGAUGGUGGUGACGUAUUUCUUCUGUGGUGAGGAGAUCCCCUACCGGAGGAACAUGAAGAGCCACUGCCUCACCCUUGGCCACUUCAAGGAGCAACUCCGCAAGAAGGGCAGCUACAGGUACUACUUCAAGAAGGCCAGCGAGGAGUUUGCGUGCGGCGCCGUGUUCGAGGAGGUGUCGGACGACGGCUGCUUGCUGCCCACCUACCAGGGCAAGAUCCUGGGCAAGGUGGAGAGGAUGGAGUGAGACCUCCCCCUGCUGUGGAUUUACGGACCCAUCAAAGCGCCGUGGAUGUACUCCCCUUCAUGUGCCCACACGCACGCACACGCACACACACACACGCACGCAGUAUGGGCCUGUAAGCCAAGGCUGUCGGACUGGACAUGCCGUCGAAGGAAUAUUAGAGCGGUUCAGAAACGAGAGGAAGGAGGACGAGUCAUCGCCAUUACAGGACUGUCACGUGAGCGGCAGCCCGCCGCGACGUGAAGAAAAAUCAAAGGGUGUUUGUUUGUGUGUGUGUAUCACGUGUGUGUGUGUAUAUGUUUCCAGAAGAGGAAACUCAAAAGACUUUAGGGGAAUGACCACUCCUCAAAGAAGCCGUUCGGGUGGCGUUCAGACCUGAGACUGGCAGCCUACCCGAGCCCCGCCUGUGCUGCCACUCGCUAGCUACCCUGCUAGCGUGUGUGUGUGUGUGUGUGCGCAGAUAUACAUGUACAUUGUAACGUGAUGCUCGUGUUGCUGUGUAAAGAUUUAUUGCUAUUUAUUGGAAGCGUCCCUGCCCCGUCUCCAUUAUUCCUCCAUGGACACGCUGCUUGUAGUUGAGAAACUUCUCCAAUUUUCCACAUCUGUGAUUUUUUUUUUUUUUCUUUCUUCUGUUGUCUCCCCCCCUCUCCCCCUCCUCCCCUUCCCCAUCCUGCUGAGCAUUAGUUCUCAAGCAAAAGACAUGACUUUUAUUCAUUUUCCGCCCCUCAUCUUGAACUGUAAACUUCAGAAAUACCUCUUCAAAGAAGCCACUCCUCUUCCUGGAGAUUUAGCGGGACACCAUCUCUGAUCUCUCUGAGGGAGAGCUUACUGCUGAGGCUUUGAGAAUGGCUCUCUUAUCACUUAAAAGUUUGAUAAUAUAUUUACUACUGCAGUGCUAUUUGUCGCCAUCUGCUCAGAGUGUACUACGAGGAGGGGGGAAGAAAAAGAACAAAAAUGCCAUUAAUGUUUAAUUCAAAGCUAGCCUUGAUCCGUCGCGUCUUAGUGCCUUUGUUUCAGUGGCGCAGGCAUCGCACAAAUAGCCUACGUAUUAACGAAGAGGAAACUGCCCUGAACAUGGUCCUAGAGUCCCCAAAAUGUGUUUACGCCCAUAUUAAUAUUUACCAACACAAAGCUCUAUAGCGUGCUGCCCAACAUGCUUACCGAUGUGAUUGUGUGACUGAGUAGGGUUACUGUGUGUGUGUGUGUGUGUGUGUGUGUAUGUAUGUGUGUGUGUGUGUGUGUGUGUUUGAAACCUGCACUAUGAGCUGCAGGCGAUGAUGAUGAUGAUGAUGGUGAUUUUUACACUAUGUCCGUAGUGUUCUAAUUGAGUACAGUAGCUGUGCCUACAUGGAUUCUUGCCGUGUUUUACCCAAUUUUGCGGGUCCUGUUACUCCCUUGGUUUUUACAAGGGGCCUUACAUUGAAAAGAUAUUUUUAUGCCUUUUUAGUAUCCAUUUCAUGUUUUAUGUUUUAUAAUAUUUUUCAUGGCUUCCUUGGCUCCACUUGUAAACUGUAAAUUAUGCAUUCUAUAGAGCUCAGUUAAAAAGAUGCCUCGGUACAUUAAUUAUUGUAAUUAUGAAGAGAAGUAGCCUUUAUUAAAAUCUAUUUUUCAA